AUGGACACGCACGACCCGCCGCGCCCGUUGCCGCCCGGCUGCUCCCGCGUGGCCCUGGGGCCCGGCCGUGGCUGUGGCCGUGGCGAUCACCCGGGCGGCCUGCAGAACCACCCGCGCCUCCGGACGCCGCCGCCGCCGCUCUCGCACGCCCACACCCCCAACCAGCACCACGCGGCCUCCAUCAACUCCCUGAACCGGGGCAACUUCACUCCGAGGAGCAACCCCAGCCCGGCCCCCACGGACCCCUCGCUCUCGGGAGAGCCCCCCGCUGGCAGCGCCCAGGAGCCGGCCCACGCCCAGGACAACUGGCUGCUCAACAGCAACAUCCCCCUGGAGACCAGGCUUCUGCUGUGGAAGUCGGUGGAUAAUUGUCCCAGCAACUGCUAUGGCAACGGGGACUGCAUCUCUGGGACCUGCCACUGCUUCCUGGGCUUCCUGGGCCCCGACUGUGGCAGAGCCUCCUGCCCCGUGCUCUGUAGCGGAAACGGUCAGUACGUGAAGGGCCGGUGUCUGUGCCACAGCGGAUGGAAGGGCGCCGAGUGCGACGUGCCCACCAGCCAGUGCAUCGACGUGGCCUGCAGCAGCCACGGCACCUGCAUCAUGGGCACCUGCAUCUGCAACCCCGGCUACAAGGGCGAGAGCUGUGAGGAAGUGGACUGCAUGGACCCCACGUGUUCAGGCCGGGGGGUGUGUGUGAGAGGCGAGUGCCACUGCUCCGUGGGAUGGGGAGGCACCAACUGCGAGACGCCCAGGGCCACGUGCUUGGACCAGUGUUCGGGCCACGGAACCUUCCUCCCAGACACCGGCCUUUGCAGCUGUGACCCAGGCUGGACAGGACAUGACUGUUCUAUCGAGGGUUGCCCUGGCUUGUGCAACGGCAACGGCAGAUGUACCCUGGACCUGAAUGGCUGGCACUGCGUCUGCCAGCUGGGCUGGAGAGGAGCAGGCUGUGACACAUCCAUGGAAACCGCCUGUGGUGACAGCAAAGACAACGAUGGAGAUGGCUUGCUGGACUGCAUGGACCCUGACUGUUGCCUCCAGCCCCUCUGCCAUGUCAACCCGCUGUGCCUGGGCUCCCCUGACCCUCUGGACAUCAUCCAGGAGACACAGGCCCCCACGUCCCAGCAGAACCUGCACUCCUUCUACGACCGCAUCAAGUUCCUUGUGGGCAGGGACAGCACGCACAUCAUUCCCGGGGAGAACCCCUUUGAUGGAGGCUUUGACCUGGUCACAAACGGCGGCAUCUCCAUCAUCCUCCGGUUCGAGCGGGCACCUUUCAUCACACAGGAGCACACCCUCUGGCUGCCUUGGGAUCGCUUCUUUGUCAUGGAGACCAUCAUCAUGCGCCACGAAGAGAAUGAGAUUCCCAGCUGUGACCUGAGCAACUUCGCCCGCCCCAACCCUGUCGUGUCCCCAUCCCCACUGACGUCCUUCGCCAGGUCCUGUGCAGAGAAAGGCCCCAUCGUUCCAGAAAUUCAGGCUUUGCAGGAGGAAAUCGCUAUCUCUGGCAGCAAGAUGAGGCUGAGCUACCUGAGCAGCCGUACCCCUGGCUACAAGUCUGUCCUGAGGAUCAGCCUCACCCACCCUACCAUCCCCUUCAACCUCAUGAAGGUGCACCUCAUGGUGGCCGUUGAGGGCCGCCUCUUCAGGAAGUGGUUUGCUGCAGCCCCGGACUUGUCCUAUUAUUUCAUAUGGGACAAGACAGACGUCUACAACCAGAAGGUGUUUGGGCUCUCAGAAGCCUUUGUUUCUGUGGGCUAUGAGUAUGAAUCCUGCCCAGAUCUGAUCCUCUGGGAAAAAAGAACAGCUGUGCUGCAGGGCUAUGAAAUCGAUGCUUCCAAGCUGGGAGGAUGGAACCUGGACAAACAUCACGCCCUCAACAUCCAAAGUGGCAUCUUGCACAAAGGGAAUGGGGAGAACCAGUUUGUGUCUCAGCAGCCACCUGUCAUCGGGAGCAUCAUGGGCAAUGGGCGCCGGAGAAGCAUCUCCUGCCCCAGCUGCAAUGGCCUUGCUGAUGGCAAUAAGCUCCUGGCCCCUGUGGCCCUCACGUGUGGCUCCGACGGGAGCCUCUAUGUGGGAGACUUCAACUACAUCCGAAGGAUCUUCCCCUCUGGGAACGUCACCAACAUCCUGGAGUUGAGAAAUAAAGAUUUCAGACAUAGCCAUAGCCCAGCGCAUAAAUACUACCUGACCACAGACCCCAUGAGCGGGGCUGUCUUCCUCUCGGACACCAACAGCCGGCGGGUCUUUAAGAUCAAGUCCACCGUGGUGGUGAAGGACCUCGUCAAGAACUCCGAGGUGGUCGCGGGGACAGGUGACCAGUGCCUCCCCUUCGAUGACACUCGAUGCGGGGAUGGGGGCAAGGCCACCGAGGCCACACUUACCAACCCCAGAGGCAUCACAGUGGACAAGUCUGGGCUGAUUUACUUCGUGGAUGGCACCAUGAUCAGACGCAUUGAUCAGAACGGGGUUAUCUCCACCCUGCUGGGCUCCAAUGAUCUUACCUCGGCCCGGCCCCUCAGCUGUGACUCCGUCAUGGAUAUUUCUCAGGUUCGCCUGGAGUGGCCCACAGACUUAGCCAUCAACCCAAUGGACAACUCCCUCUACGUCCUUGACAACAAUGUGGUCCUGCAGAUCUCUGAAAACCACCAGGUGCGCAUUGUCGCUGGGAGACCCAUGCACUGCCAGGUCCCCGGCAUCGACCACUUCCUACUGAGCAAGGUGGCCAUCCACGCAACCCUGGAGUCAGCUGCUGCCUUGGCUGUCUCACACAAUGGGGUCCUGUACAUUGCCGAGACCGACGAGAAGAAGACCAACCGCAUCAGGCAGGUCACCACCAGCGGAGAGAUCUCCCUGGUUGCAGGGGCCCCCAGUGGCUGUGACUGUAAAAACGAUGCCAACUGUGACUGUUUCUCGGGAGACGCCGGCUAUGCCAAGGACGCAAAGCUGAAUACGCCAUCUUCCUUGGCUGUGUGUGCCAACGGGGAGCUCUACGUGGCUGACCUGGGGAAUAUCCGAAUUCGGUUUAUCAGGAAGAACAAGCCCUUCCUCAACACCCAGAACAUGUAUGAGCUGUCCUCGCCCAUUGACCAGGAGCUCUACCUGUUUGAUACCAGUGGAAAGCAUCUGUACACCCAAAGUCUGCCCACGGGCGAUUACCUGUACAACUUCACCUACACGGGGGAUGGCGAUGUCACACUCAUCACUGACAACAACGGCAACAUGGUGAACGUCCGCCGGGACUCUACCGGGAUGCCCCUCUGGCUGGUGGUCCCAGAUGGCCAAGUGUACUGGGUGACCAUGGGCACCAACAGCGCACUCAAGAGCGUGACCACACAAGGACAUGAGUUGGCCAUGAUGACAUACCAUGGCAACUCUGGCCUUCUGGCAACCAAAAGCAAUGAAAAUGGAUGGACAACAUUUUAUGAGUAA